UGGCAGGCGAGCCGAUAAAUUGCGGACGGGCGUCACAUUCCACUCCGCGCGUACCUCUUGUCGCCCGCCCUCGUCAGCUUGCUCACCUACUGUGAUGGCCAUGCCGAUGCAUCUCAGCCGGUUCUUCCCCGGCCUCGUUGUUUCCUCCGGAGUCCGAUCGACGGUCGGCGCAAGGCCGUCGCUCGCCAUCCGAUGCGGCGGGGCCGAAGGCGACGCCCUCGAGGCGAACUUGGACUUCGACAAGAAGGCCUUCCGUCACAACCUCACCCGCAGCGAGAAGUACAACCGACGCGGGUUCGGCCACAAGAAGGAGACCCUCGAACUCAUGAACCAGCAAUACACUAGUGAUGUGAUUAAGACGCUGAAGGAGAACAACAACGAGUACACAUGGGGCGACGUGACGGUGAAGCUGGCGGAGGCGUUUGGAUUCUGCUGGGGAGUGGAGCGAGCGGUUCAGAUUGGUUACGAGGCGAGGAAGCAGUUCCCUGAAGAGAGGAUUUGGAUCACCAAUGAAAUCAUCCACAAUCCGAUGGUCAACAAGAGGUUGAAAGAGAUGGAAGUCAGAGACAUUCCCGUUGAUGAUGGCAAGAAACAAUUUGAUGUCAUUGAUAAGGGUGACAUCGUGAUUUUGCCAGCAUUUGGAGCUGCUGUUGAUGAGAUGUUUACCUUGAGUCAAAAGAAGGUCCAGUUAGUUGAUGCUACUUGUCCAUGGGUGUCGAAGGUCUGGAACACUGUUGAGAAGCACAAGAAGGGUGAUUAUACUUCAAUUAUACAUGGCAAAUAUUCACAUGAAGAGACCAUUGCAACCGCUUCAUUUGCAGGAAAAUAUAUUGUUGUGAAGAACAUGACUGAGGCACUGUACGUAUGUGAUUACAUUUUUGGUGGGGAGUUGGAUGGAUCUAGCGCAACAAAAGAAGCAUUUCUUCAGAAAUUCAAGUAUGUGGUUUCUGCGGGAUUUGAUCCUGAUGUUGACUUAGUCAGAGUAGGUAUUGCAAAUCAAACUACCAUGCUCAAAGGUGAAACAGAGGAAAUUGGUAAACUGGUUGAGAAGACCAUGAUGAGAAAAUAUGGAGUGGAGAACAUCAAUGAGCACUUUGUUAGCUUCAAAACCAUUUGUGAUGCCACUCAGGAAAGACAAGAUGCUAUGUACAAGCUGGUGGAAGAGAAACUUGAUCUAAUUCUAGUAGUUGGUGGAUGGAACUCCAGUAAUACUUCACAUCUACAAGAGAUUGCUGAGCUCAAGGGAAUUCCAUCUUAUUGGAUUGACAGUGAGCAGAGAAUUGGACCAGGAAACAGGAUAAGUUAUAAGUUAAAUCAUGGAGAACUUGUUGAGAAAGAAAAUUGGUUACCUUCCGGUCCAAUAACAAUUGGAGUGACCGCAGGUGCUUCUACUCCUGACAAGGCUGUGGAGGAAACACUGGUCAAGAUCUUCGACAUCAAACACGAAGAACCCUUGCAAUUAGUAUAGCUCGAGACAAAACCUGGAGCGAUUUGUUGUUCAUCAAAGCAAGCUGCGCUGCAUGUACUGCAUUACGUUAUACAGAAUAAUGUUAAGCUAGUAAACUGUUGUACCUCUAAACUCUGAUGUAUGUGGGUCCUCUGUUGCUGACCUUGGCAAUCGCUGUCCCAUUUCACUAGUUGUUUCCAUAUUGCAUGUUGUGAUUGUUGAAUGUAGUAGGUAGGCAAUGGCAACCUAUAUUCUAUCGAUCAUUUUGCAUAGUAGACAUGGAUGUGGUUUUGUUUUA